GUUUACGAAAUGAUCCUCUUUUCAAUUCUGUUUUAGACAUUUUUUAAAUUAAGCUUACAAAAAUGACAAGUCAAGUUACCACAGUGGUGACCAGUCAGCCAGGUGCAGCACCACGUGACUGGGCCUCUGGAGUGUUCGGAUGUUUUGAAGAUAUCAAGUCAUGUAAGUCCCCUGACCAGUGACACAGAGUAAAUACCAUACAGAGGUCUCAUUUCUUAUUCAUUUCAGCGUAAGGGAUUUUUCCAGUCCGCCAUGUUCUUAGCAAGCGCCCUAAAGAGAGGCUGUCGCCCCCCUGAACACAUAAUAAAAUUUAAUCUUCCAGGGGGGUGGAUGCCUUUCUUUAGGGCACUUGCUAAGAACUACCUUACGUUUCUCUCGUGAAGUAAGACCUCUGUAUGGUUAGUAAUACCAUCUUAAUUAAGGUAAUUCCGUAGUAAUUGUUCCCAAAUGAGAAAGUGCCCCUUGCUGAAACUUCCCAGGCAUGGAGUUUAUGAUAUACUUAAAGUAAAAUCACACAAAAAAGUCGGGGUCACCGAACCCGUUAAGAAGAUAUGACAAUCACAAUAUACCACCUUUACCCCAAUAUGGCGCCAUCUUGACGCUCGUUACGAGUAACAGCAAACUCACAACAGCCCGAUAUUUAUUGACGUUUUUAGCGCGUAUUUUGCUUUAGUAAACCUAUCUUGUAAUUAUUUGUGAAAAAAUAUUGUGUUUUGAGCAAAAUAAAACUACUAACGUGUACAAUUCUGAUCCACAAAUGUCUUUUGCACAUUUCUUUACAUAUCUUUCUUUGAGAACAUAGUGCAUUAACAAAGCAUUUUUUUCAAGAUCCAGAAUGAUUUUCUUUUUAAUUUCGGAUAUGAAAUGUGAAAUGCAUUAAAGAAAUAAAUUAUCAGUUAAAAAACGGGGGUCACCGAUCUUUUUAGGGAAUUGUGGUAUUAAAACGUGAAAUACAAGUAAAUAAAUAUACUACAGACACAGGAACCCUAGCUACACUUUUGUAUGCCUUUUUUGAAAACAUUGAUUUUAACGUAAUUCUUUGCACGAAUGUAACCAAAGAUGUUUUGAAGUAACAUAAAAUUGUCAUAAAAUGCUAUUUUGUUUUAAACGGUACGUAUAAUGGAUGAAAUUAUAAGUUAUAAGAUGUGCGUAGUAAAAGUGCGCAAUGCAAAACUGCGGAAUUACCUUAAAAUGGUAAAGCAGAAGCGAAAAUGCCAAGGAACUAGGUUGGUUGCGACCAAUUUUAAAAUAGUUUUGCCUCUUCACGGCCAACACUGUUGACCGGCAUAGAAUAACCCUUUAUUCCCCAGAGUGUGGCUAGUGUAUUGAUUGAACUGGAUGUUUUCACUUUAGGUUUGUUUGGCCUUUGCUGUCCAUGUUGUUUCAUGAUCAGUCUUUCUCAGCGUAUGGGUGAAGGAUGUUGUUUCCCAAUAUGCUGCCCUGGAGCAUUGCUCGCAAUGCGUGUCAAGUUGAGGGCGGAAAAUGGCAUUCAGGUUCGUGGUUCAAUACUGGGGAGCUAAGCAAACGACGUUUUUGCCAACAAGUCCCCACUGGAUUAAAUACUGUGUCUGUUUGUGGAAAUCUCCAACACAUAUGACCAGGGUCGCCGGAACUGGGAGGGGAGGGGGGGGGAGGGGCAGCUGCCCCUCUUGCCUUUUGCUAGGAGGGGCAAGGGGGGGGGGCAGAAGUGCUCUUUGAGUUGUAAAAUACUACCUGAUAAAUCACUCUUCCAGUGAUGCUUUUUGCAUGGGCAAAACCAUGAGGUGUGAUCUUGAAUGUGACCUGAUUAAGUGCGUUUGCUUUCAUUGGCAAGUCAACACAUAAUUGUAGGUUUAUAUCUUCACAGGGGUCUACAGAGGUGCCCUUUGGUGUGUGUUUGCCCCCCCUUGCCUUUCUACCGCUCCGGCGUCCCUGCAUAUGACAAAGCAUAAGAUGUUUAAAGUUUUUGGAUUCCUUACGCGAGCGCUAUGAUGCGUUAAACACCGAGUCCGCAGUCAGGGCAUUUUUUAAGAAAUUACAACUACUGGGGCUAAAGGCUCAAUGACGGCCUUUUCCCCACAGCAUGGUCUUUAUGUACUAUUUAAAGCACGCGUAGGAGUGUUUUAUCACAUAUAAAACACGACGCGUAGCGGAGUGUUUUAUAUGUGAUAAAACACGACUACGAGUGCUUUAAAUUAAAUAGCUUAAAAAACGACUCAUCUUAUACGAGUUCAUUGGCGAAGUAAUUUUUAAAAUAAACUUUGUCUAAACCGAGAAAAUCAAUGAUUUUUUAUCACAUAUAAAACCACGACACGCUUAUGAUUUUUCUUUGUGUUUUGCUCCUGAAUUAUUAAUGAGUUUUUUGAGUACGCAUAACUUUGUGCUGACUUUUAUAAGAUGGAAUGUCGAGAAUGUGAGAGGAUAUGAGAAAGCAGGCAGAUGCAGCUUUUCAACAAGGAUGACUUUUUACUAAUGAUCAAAAGGGCCCAGCUGGUCUGAAAAUAUUGCUUCACUACUGGGGCAAGUAAAGGGCCUACUGGGGUAAAUGUCCCAGUAGUUAAAUAGUUAAAAAAUGUCCUGGAGUCAGUUCUCUCAAACGUUUCCUACAAACCCUUCAAAACUUAGAAUUUACCUAUGCAAAAUUCCUACUGUGAUCACAGAAACUUUUUUAGUGAAACUUAACACUCUUCCGUUAUUUUUUUAUUAACUUUGCAAUCAAUAACAUAUAUUAAAGGAAAAGGACAACGGAUCUUAAAUUUAGCCUUUCUCACGAAGGCCAAAAUCCGCCAUUUUUGGGGUACUGUCUGCCCUUGUGAAAGAUUCUAGACCGGCAAUUCAAACAACGUGAAAAGCGACUUUUAAAAGUUGUAGCAUGCGAACAGGCUCUCAUUGGACUGUUCGCAGGCCAUAAAAGUUGUAACUGUAAAUUUACCAUCAUACUAGACUAUAGCCCCGUUUACACUACGCUCAAUUUUUGGUACCGUACCACACUUUUUCGUUCUUGGACUACCUAAAUAGGUAGUCUAAUAACCAAAAAAGUGGUACGGGUACCAAUUUUAUCCGUACCGUACCAAAAAUUGAGCGUAGUGUAAACGGGGCUUAUAAUACUAAAAGUUGUAAUUCGUGGUGCGGAGACUCUCAAACGUGGGAGACCCCCAAAAUGGCGGAGAAAGCUAAUUAUAAGUCCCACCAAAACUAUUUCUACUAACUUAACUUUAAUUUUACAUUUCAGGGUUCGAUGUGUAAUGAUGCAUUGUGUGUGAACUUUUGUUCGCCUUGCGUCUCGUGCCAACUUGCCCGUGAACUCGAUGCUAUUGGACGUUAGAAAAAACCAACAUUAAUAAACAUCACAUGGAGUUUAUGUGUAGUGGGCAAACGUUAUAUAUAUUACUUGUCGUAAACCAGUUUAAUCUUGUUUUGAAAUAUACUUAAUCCAUGCAUGCAUUAAAGGUAGUAGUACUUGCAAAACUGCAUUGUUUUGUUGACUAGCUAACAUAUUUUCGUUAAUACGAUAUGAUGUAUUUACUUAGUUUUUACAUGUAAAGGGUGACUAUCAAUAAAAUAGCAAAAAAUUUGAGCAGUUGUGCCUGAGGU